CAAAGCUCAUCGCCUUCCAAAAGCAAAAUUACACAAACAGAUUAGCACUUGUCGAUAUUAUAUUACAAGGCAAAUGCUCAUAAAUUUGAUUUCUACAUGAAAUUUCGACAGCAAAAACUGCGUCAGCGUUCACUGUCAAGAAUUCACCCAGGUCCUGUGAUGCGGGGAAGAUCAUGUUAGGGUUUUGAGACAUUUGUACUGUAUGUAUAUUGCUCUAUAAUUAUAUAAUUAUAGUAUGGCGCUGGUCACUACUGCACAGUCGAUACGGUACAUGCCAUCUGGAGCUGCUGCCGGAGCUGGAAACUUGGAAGCUCUCAACCGUGUCCUGGCUGACCUCUGUGUCCGCGGAAUUCCCAAGGACGGGGCUGCUUUGGCGUUGAGAAGACACGUGGAGGAACGAGCUCGUGACCUUAGUGGUGAAGCAUUCUCUCGUUUCAUGGAUCAGUUGUAUGAUCGUAUCACCAGCCUCUUGGAGAGCAAUGAUGUUUCUGAAAAUUUGGGUGCUUUGAGGGCUAUUGAUGAGCUUAUAGAUGUACCAAUCGGGGAGAAUGCUGUGAAAGUUUCAAAGAUUGCAACUUACAUGCGAACAACAUUUGAGGCCAAACGUGAACCUGAAACAUUAGUUGUUGCCAGCAAAGUUCUGGGACACUUGGCCAGAGCUGGUGGAGCAAUGACAGCUGAUGAAGUGGAGCAGCUGGUAAAAAUUGCAUUGGAUUGGCUUCGUGGGGAGAGAAUUGAGCACCGGCGUUUUGCUGCGGUUUUAAUUUUAAAAGAAAUGGCGGAGAAUGCUUCAACAGUUUUCAACGUCCAUGUUCCUGAGUUUGUUGAUGCUAUCUGGGUUGCUCUAAGAGAUCAAAAAUUGGAUAUUCGGGAGAGAGCUGUGGAGGCAUUGCGUGCCUGCCUUAGGGUCAUUGAGAAGCGCGAAACUCGAUGGCGUGUGCAAUGGUAUUAUCGUAUGUUUGAGGCAACACAAGAUGGACUGGGAAGAAAUGCUCCUAUACAUAGCAUACAUGGUUCCCUGCUUGCAGUUGGGGAGCUGCUGAGGAAUACAGGUGAAUUCAUGAUGUCUCGAUAUAGAGAAGUCGCUGAGAUUGUCCUUCGGUAUUUGGAGCAUCGAGAUCGGCUUGUCCGUCUCAGCAUAACUUCUUUGCUUCCUCGAAUUGCUCAUUUCCUGCGAGACCGUUUUGUGACUAAUUAUCUGACGAUUUGCAUGAAGCAUAUACUUCAUGUUCUUAAAAUACCUGCGGAAGCUGCUAGUGGGUUCAUUGCCCUCGGUGAAAUGGCUGGUGCAUUGGAUGGCGAACUCAUCAAUUAUUUGCCGACAAUAACAACUCACUUGCGUGAUGCUAUUGCUCCUCGUAGAGGGCGACCCUCUAUGGAGGCUUUGGCAUGUGUUGGAAAUCUUGCAAAAGCCAUGGGACCUUCUAUGGAGCCUCACAUACGAAGUCUUCUAGAUGCAAUGUUUUCCAUUGGAUUAUCCUCCACUUUAGUGGAAGCCCUCGAGCACAUAACUGCCAGCAUUCCUACCUUGCUUCCAACCAUUCAAGUACGCUUGCUUGAUUGUAUUUCUGGGGUUCUUUCUCGAAACCAACAAGUUCAGUCAAGGCCUUCUAAUGCCAUUACUCGGACUAGUAGCUCAGCUGCUACGUUGCAAGUACCGGAACUCAGUGGUUCAGCUCUUGUUCAACUUGCCUUACAGACUCUUGCUCGUUUCGAUUUUAAGGAUCGGGAUCUUCUUGAGUUUGCGAGAGGGUCGGUUGUGCCCUAUCUAGAAGAUGAUGAUGGUGGUACAAGAAAAGACGCUGCUUUGUGUUGCUGCAAACUAAUGGCGAAUUCCUUGUUUGGCGUCUUGUCAGUUCAAUUUACUUCUAACAGAACAACUCGUUCCGGUGGAAGGCGGCGUCGCCUCGUUGAGGAGAUUGUGGAAAAACUUCUCAUUGCAGCUGUUGCUGAUGCUGAUGUUACAGUUCGACGAUCUAUAUUUUCUUCUUUGCAUGAGACUGGGGGAUUUGAUGAUUAUUUGGCUCAGGCUGAUUGUUUGACAGCAGUGUUUGCUGCUUUAAAUGAUGAGGAUUUCGCCGUUCGGGAAAUUGCUAUAUCACUGGCUGGAAGACUAUCUGAAAAGAAUCCAGCAUAUGUUCUUCCAGCUCUCCGUCGUCAUCUUAUUCAAUUGUUAACUUAUCUGAAACAAAGUUCGCUGUAUGUCAUUGACAUUGCUACUUUUGCUGGCAGUUCUGAUAGCAAAUGCAGAGAGGAAAGUGCGAAAUUGUUGGGAUGCUUAAUUCGUAAUUGUGAGAGAUUGAUUCUCCCAUAUAUUUCUCCAAUACACAAGGCCCUCAUUACAAAACUCAAUGAGGGAACUGCGGCGAGUGUCAAUAAUGGCAUAAUAAGUGGAGUUCUAGUAACUGUUGGAGAUCUCGCCAGAGUAGGUGGAUUUGCAAUGAGGCAGUAUAUUCCAGAGUUGAUGCCCUUAAUUGUUGAAGCUUUAUUAGAUAGUGCAGCUGCCAUGAAACGUGAAGUGGCAGUUACCACUCUAGGCCAAUUAGUACAAAGCACAGGUUAUGUUAUUACUCCAUAUAAUGAGUAUCCUCAAUUGCUUGGGUUACUUCUGAAGUUGCUCAAUGGUGAGUUGGCAUGGUCUACCAGACGUGAAGUUUUAAAGGUCCUUGGCAUAAUGGGUGCAUUAGAUCCCCAUGUGCAUAAACGCAAUCAGCUAACCUUACCAGGGUCCCAUGGCGAAGUUGCUCGUGCAGCUUGUGAUGCUGGUCAGCAUAUCAGGUCAAUGGAUGAAAUACCCAUGGAUCUUUGGCCAUCCUUUGCGACAUCAGAAGACUAUUACUCCACUGUUGCUAUCAGUUCCCUGAUGCGAAUUUUCAGAGAUCCUUCACUUUCAAGUUACCACCAAAAGGUCGUUGGAUCUCUAAUAUUCAUUUUCAAGGCAAUGAAUCUUGGUUGUGUUCCUUACUUACCCAAGGUUCUGCCUGAACUUCUUCAUACUGUUCGUACGUGUGAGGAUAAUAAUCUUAAGGAGUAUAUUACAUGGAAACUUGGAACAUUGGUUUCUAUUGUUCGCCAGCAUAUUCGGAAAUAUCUUCCAGAUUUAUUCUCUCUAAUAUCAGAAUUAUGGUCAUCAUUCAAUUUGCCUGCUAACAGCAGACUAGUCCAUGGAUCUCCGGUCCUCCAUCUGCUUGAGCAACUUUGCUUGGCUCUUAAUGAUGAAUUUAGGACACAUCUUCCCUUUAUUCUUCCAUCCUGCAUUCAAGUGCUAAGUGAUGCUGAGAGGUUUAAAGACUACACUUAUGUUGUUGACAUUCUCCGAACUGUUGAAGUUUUUGGCGGAACAUUGGAUGAGCAUAUGCAUCUUCUUCUUCCUGCACUCAUUCGAAUCUUUAAGUUGGAUGCUUCUGUAGAAGUGCGGCGUGCUGCUAUUAGAACACUUACUAAGUUGAUUCCUCGUGUACAGGUGACUGGUCACAUAUCAGCUCUUGUGCAUCACUUGAAGCUAGUCUUGGACGGAAAUGGAGUAGAUCUCAUCUUUAAGAGUAGGCUCAGACCCGGAUCCGUUGUAAUUCUCAUGGACAAGAAAAAUGAUGAGCUCAGGAAAGAUGCUGUUGAUGCACUUUGUUGUCUAGCUCAUUCCCUUGGUGAAGACUUCACUAUUUUCAUCCCUUCCAUCCAUAAGCUUUUGUUGAAGCAUCGCAUGCGGCAUAAGGAUUUUGAAGAAAUUGAAGAUCGCAUAAGAAGAAGGGAGCCAUUGAUCCUAGGGAGUGCUGUUCAAAAACAAACUCGUCGACUUCCUGGGGAAGUUAUUAGCGACCCUUUGAAUGAUACGGAGGAUCCAGAGUGUAGAGUUGAUCCACACAAGCCUCAUAAGGUUAAUGAGGGUCGGAUACGUGCUGCGGGGGAAGCUUCUCAACGCAGUACGAGAGAGGACUGGGCAGAGUGGAUGAGACAUUUUAGCAUUGAACUAUUGAAGGAAUCACCUGCACCUGCUCUGAGAACAUGUGCCAAGCUUGCCCAACUCCAACCUUUUGUUGGACGAGAGUUGUUUGCGGCUGGUUUUGUCAGCUGCUGGACAGAGCUGAAUGAGCCUUGCCGAAGACAGCUGGUGCGAAGUCUGGAAAUGGCAUUUUCAUCUCCAAACAUACCUCCCGAAAUUCUUGCCACACUUUUGAACUUGGCUGAGUUUAUGGAACACGAUGAGAGACCCCUUCCUAUUGAUAUACGUCUACUGGGUGCCCUAGCAGAAAAGUGUCGUGCAUUUGCAAAGGCUCUGCACUAUAAAGAGAUGGAAUUUGAAGGUGCAUGCUCAAAUAGGAUGGACGGCAACCCUGUUGCUGUAGUUGAAGCUCUUAUUCAUAUCAAUAACCAAUUGCACCAACACGAGGCUGCAGUUGGAAUAUUGACGUAUGCUCAACAACAUUUGGGGGUUCAACUGAAGGAGUCAUGGUAUGAGAAACUCCAGCGAUGGGAUGAUGCUCUCAAAGCCUACACCGUCAAAGCCUCUCAAGUAUCAAGCCAACAUCUUAUUCUGGAAGCAACGCUAGGACGCAUGAGAUGCCUUGCUGCACUUGCUAGAUGGGAAGAGCUCAACAAUCUCUGCAAGGAGUAUUGGACACCUGCUGAGCCAGCUGCUAGACUGGAAAUGGCCCCAAUGGCUGCGAAUGCUGCCUGGAACAUGGGUGAGUGGGAUCAGAUGGCCGAAUACGUUUCUCGGUUGGAUGAUGGAGACGAAACCAAGCUUCGAGUUUUGGGUAAUACUGCUGCUACAGGGGAUGGGAGCAGUAAUGGAACUUUCUUCAGGGCUGUCUUAUUAGUUCGUAGAGGGAAGUAUGAUGAGGCACGCGAAUAUGUUGAAAGAGCAAGGAAAUGCUUGGCUACGGAAGUGGCUGCAUUGGUUCUUGAGAGUUAUGAACGUGCAUACAGCAAUAUGGUCCGCGUUCAGCAGCUAUCAGAAUUGGAGGAGGUCAUUGAUUACUGUACACUGCCUGCUGGAAACCCUGUUUCUGAGGGACGAAGGGCCCUCAUCCGGAACAUGUGGAGUGAACGAAUAAGAGGCGCAAAACGAAAUGUUGAGGUCUGGCAAGCGCUUUUGUCUGUCAGGUCACUUGUGCUUCCACCUACAGAAGAUGCAGAGACAUGGAUAAAGUUCGCCUCUCUUUGCCUUAAAAGUGGCAGAACCAGUCAAGCUAGAUCAACUCUAACUAAACUCUUACAGUUUGAUCCAGAAUCAACCCCUGAAACCGAACGAUAUCAUGGGGACCCUCAAGUUAUUCUGGCUUACUUGAAAUAUCAAUGGUCAAUUGGGGAAGAUCAUAGGCGCAAAGAAGCUUUCACCAGACUGAAGGAUUUGGCCAUGGACCUUUCAAGAAUGCCUGGUUUUCAACAGUCCAUGCAGUCUGAUGUUUCGUCUUCCUCGAGUAUGCCUUUCGUUGCUCGUGUUUAUCUCAAAUUGGGAACUUGGCAGUGGGCACUGUCCCCUGCUCUAUUACAUCUAGUUGAUGAUAAGGUGUUUUUGUUAUUAGAAAUCCUCAAUGCAUUCCGUAACGCAACUCACUGUGCAACAAAGUGGGCAAAAGCUUGGCACAAAUGGGCACUUUUUAAUACAGCAGUCAUGUCUCACUACACUUUGAGAGGUUAUCAGAGCAUUACUGGACAGUUUGUUGUUGCUGCUGUCACUGGAUAUUUUCAUUCCAUAGCUUGUGGGGCACAUGCUAAAGGAGUGGAUGACAGUUUACAGGAUAUCCUUCGUCUCCUAACUUUGUGGUUCAACCAUGGGGCCACAUCAGAGGUUCAGGUGGCACUACAGAAAGGAUUUUCACUUGUAAAUAUAAACACAUGGUUGGUUGUUUUGCCCCAAAUAAUUGCCAGAAUACAUUCUAAUAACCAUGCAGUUAGAGAACUGAUACAAGCACUGUUGGUACGAAUUGGCCAGAUCCAUCCACAGGCUCUUAUGUACCCUCUUCUCGUGGCAUGCAAAUCUAUUAGCAAUUUAAGGAAACAGGCAGCUCAGGAAGUGGUUGAUAGAGUUAGACAGCACAGUGGGGUGCUAGUGGAUGAGGCCCAACUUGUAUCUACGGAGUUGAUCCGAGUUGCAAUACUUUGGCAUGAAAUGUGGCACGAGGCGUUAGAAGAGGCAAGCCGCUUAUAUUUUGGUGAACAUAAUGUUGAGGGAAUGCUGAAUGUUUUAGAGCCAUUGCACCAAAUGCUUGAGGAAGGUGCAAUGAGGGCCAAUACUACCAUAAAAGAGAAAGCCUUCAUUCAGCAAUUCCGUCAUGAACUUUUGGAGGCCUAUGACUGCUGCAUCAGAUACAGAAGGACCGGAAAAGAUGCGGAAUUAACUCAGUCGGUAUCUCCAGAAUUGUUGCAGUGCCGUGAUCUAAAACUUGCUGUCCCUGGAACCUAUAAAGCUGACUCGCCUGUGGUGACUAUUGGAUCAUUUGCACCCCAACUUGUUGUCAUUACUUCCAAACAACGGCCUCGUAAGUUGACAAUACAUGGAAGUGAUGGGGAAGAAUAUGCUUUCUUGUUGAAGGGGCAUGAAGAUUUACGUCAAGAUGAGCGUGUGAUGCAGCUCUUUGGAUUGGUAAAUACGCUUCUGGCAAAUUCUAGAAAAACUGCUGCGAAGGAUCUGUCUAUCCAAAGAUAUGAGGUCAUUCCACUAUCUCCAAACAGUGGCCUCAUAGAAUGGGUCCCAAAUUGUGAUACCUUGCACCAUCUCAUUCGGGAGUACAGAGAUGCCAGAAAGAUCAGCCUAAAUCAUGAACAUAAAUUAAUGCUCGGUUUUGCUCCGGACUAUGAUCAUUUGCCUCUUAUAUCAAAAGUUGAGGUGUUUGAGUACGCCUUGCAAAAUACAGAAGGGAAUGACCUUUCUAGGGUGCUCUGGUUAAAGAGUCGCACUUCAGAGAUCUGGUUGGACAGGAGGACCAACUACACAAGAAGCUUGGCCGUUAUGAGUAUGGUUGGUUACUUGCUUGGCCUGGGUGAUCGACAUCCAAGCAACCUCAUGCUGCAUCGUUAUAGCGGGAAGAUAUUGCAUAUUGACUUUGGAGAUUGCUUUGAAGCCUCAAUGAACCGUGAGAAAUUCCCUGAAAAGGUUCCCUUCCGCCUGACCAGAAUGCUUGUUAGAGCAAUGGAGGUCAGUGGUAUUGAAGGGAACUUCCGCUCCACCUGCGAAAGUGUCAUGCAGGUUUUGCGAACGAACAAAGACAGCGUGAUGGCAAUGAUGGAGGCAUUUGUGCACGACCCGUUGAUAAAUUGGCGUCUCUUUAACUUCAAUGAAGUUCCUCAAGUGCCUACUCUUACGAGUGCACAUGCCCAACCCACUGUGAAUGGAGAGGAUUCCAUUCCUGGUGCCGAGAUGCUUCAGCCACAGCGUGUCAUUCGUGAGAGGGAGCUCCUUCAGGUAUAUCCUUUUGGUAAUAUGGUUGCAUGGGACGAGGGCUGCUUCACUGAUGAUCGACGAUGGGAGACUUCUUUCGGGAUCAAGAUCUCAGAAUUCUCUAACGGCUUGGAAGCCGCCGAGUUCUUGGAUGACAGGGUGUCGACCGAGUAUGAGGGCGACGCAUUAGAUUAUGGUGAUCAAUUACAUCGAGCCUCCAUGUGUGAAAAUAAAACAUUGAAGGUGAAUAUUAAGGGGAGGAUCUGCUGCUUACUGCUCACAGAAAGACCCGACCUAUACGUCGUUCGCCUAUCUUUCUGA